GGCACCCCUGUACAUCCACGUGGGCUGGAAGGGACAGGACAUGGGUGGCAGCAGGUACCCCUGAACAAGUGGAUGGGACAGGCUUGUACCCUGAUUUCUGAACACCCCUGAGUGUUGGGAUGUGUCACCCAUGUGUCAGGGCUGCUGAGGAUGAAAAGCAGCACAGGGGCUGUAGCCGUGGCAGCCCCUGGGAGAUGACAGCACGUACCACUUUGGGGUUGAAAGGCUGCUUGCCGUUGAUGCUGAGGGGGUCUGUUGGUGCCCACAGGCAUGACGGUGGCAGUGGGAGGUGAUCUGGCUUGCCGGGGCUCUCUGGAGCAGCCUGCCCUCUGGCUGGCACCAGCAGUGCUACUGACCCCUGUUUGGUGACCACUCCCUGGAUGGGCUGGGCAAGGUAUCUGUGGGACAGAGCCCUGGGGUGGGUGCCUGAGUUCCUGGCCUGUUUGUGGUUGGGAUGGUGAACCCCAGGCAGGGUCAGUGUGCUGGGGGGAGCUGCCUGCACUGCUGGCCCUCGGCUGGGGCAUGGCCGGAGGUCCUGACACUGGCAGGAGCCAUAGCUAGGGAGGCAAGCACUGUGCAUGUGCUGAGGUGAUGCCAUGGGGCAGAGCAGUGUGAAUGUGUGCUAGGAAGGGCAGGAUUGUGCCAUGGGAUCUGGCUUUGUCUUGCCUGCCAUCAUGGACGGGGGCACCCACCCCUGUCCCACCAGGGACCAAGAGGGGCUCCCAGGACAGAGCUGCUAUCUGGGCACUGGCUGACAUGAGCCCCCCCAUGUUCAUGAAGCCAUCUGCUUGUCUUCAAACAAGAGCACUGGGGUUCAGGAGAGGGAAACCCAAAACUCCAUCCUCGAGAGUCUUGGUCUGUUUGCUGAGGAAACAGGAGUUGGAAGCAGCUCUGCUCCAGCGCUUUCCCUAACCCCGCCACUGCCCCUGUGCUGAUUCAUUGAUUUGGACGGGUUAUAUACUGGGAGGGGAAGCAUGAACCACACUUGGCUCUCUUGUCAGCUCAGAGCUGUGCUCACUCGGCACUCACGGCUGCAGGACACUCGGGCCUAAUGGAGCAGGGAUUUUGGCAGCGGUGGCUGCUGCUGCUGGUGGGCAUCCAGCUGGCCAGUGGCCAGUGCCCAGAGCAAUGCCAGUGCGUCCGCACUGCGCAGGUGGAGUGCUCCGGUGCUGGCAUCACUACAGUCCCCAGCCCCAUUCCUGAGAACGCCAUGACCCUACAGAUCAUCAACACCCUCAUCACUGAGCUGGGCGACGCAUCCUUUGGCAACGCCUCCCUACUGAUCGGGCUGCGCAUCGAGAAGAACAACCUGUCGCGCAUCAGCCCCAGGGCCUUCCAGCACCUGCCUGACCUGCGCUACCUCAGCCUGUCCAGCAACAAGCUGCAGGAGCUCCCCGUGCAGGUCUUUGAGCCCCUGGGCAAGCUGGAAUCUCUACUCCUCUCCAGCAACCAGAUCCUCCAGGUCGAGCCUUCCCACUUCUCCCACCUGAGCAACCUGAAGGAGCUGCAGCUGCACGGGAACAACCUGCGGGAGCUGAAGGAGGGGGUUUUUGACCAGCUCACCAGCCUUACCAAGCUCAACCUGGCCAGGAACAACAUCGACCACGUGCCGCGCCGGGCCUUCGAGCGGCUGGCGCGGCUGCAGGUGCUGCGGCUCUAUGAGAACCGGCUCCGGCAGAUCCCAGUGGGCACCUUUGAUGGGCUGCCCGAGCUGCAGGAGCUGGGACUGCACCAGAACCAGCUGGAGACGCUGUCCCCGGAGCUAUUUGUGCACAAUGGAAACCUGCAGAAGCUCUACCUGUCCAAUAACCUCCUCACCACCCUACCGAGCGGUAUCUUCUUGCCCUUGCGUGCCCUUGCUAAGAUCACCCUGCACGUCAACCGCCUGCGGGACAUCUCCCCCGGUGCCUUCGGGCCUAUGCCUGAUCUGCGGGAGCUGUGGCUCUAUGAUAAUGAGCUUUUUACCCUCCCCACUGCUGUCUUUGGCAACCUCACCCAGCUGCAGCUCCUGGUACUCAGCAAGAACCGGCUGCGCUCCGUGGCACGGGGUGCUUUCCAGGGUUUGGGAGAGCUGCUGGAGCUGUCCCUGCACUCCAAUGCCCUGCGCCGCCUGGAUGCCCAGGCACUGGAGGGGAUGCCCAAGCUGCAGAACAUCUCCCUGCACCACAACCAGCUGCAGAUGCUGCCGCGGGGGCUCUUCAGCACCACCCCAGGGCUGCAGCACCUGCAGCUGCACUCUAAUGCCCUGGAGUACCUGCCUGCCGGCAUCUUCUCCCCUCUGGCUGCCCUGCGAGAGGUGAAGCUGCACAACAACUCCUGGCGCUGUGACAAGGGCAUCCUGCCCCUGCGGGGCUGGCUGGAGGACAACCCCCACAAGGUGGGCGAGACACCCCCCCUCUGUGCCCAGCCCCCUUCCCUGCGGGGCACCCCCAUCGCUGGGCUGCCGCAGGACCAGUUCCUCGUCCCCGUGCCCUCCACUGCCUCCCCUCAUCCCAGCACCCCUCUCCCUGCUGGCCCCUCUGAGGUGGCAUUACCGGAGGGUGCCUGGACGGAGCCCUCCAUGGGGGUGCCAGUCUCCCCACAGGAGGAUGAGGAGAAGGAGGAGGAAGAGGGGAAGGGGCAGUGGGGGCUGACAAGCACACAGAGUGGGGUGGUGGUGGCGGUUAUUGUGCUGGUGUGUGCGGCCCUGCUUGCCGCUCUGGUGGCUCUGGUGGUCUACGGCUGCAGGAAGAAGAGCCACGUUGUGCUUAUGAGGAUGAAGGCGCCCAACGAAGCAUGAGCACCCAACAGACCCUGGGGUAAUGGUACUGGUGGGGCAUUCUCUCCCCAAGGGGCCAAGGGACAUGACAGCGGCUCUGCAUUAGCUGCCCUUGCUGAUUGGGAUGGGCCACAAUCUCUGUGCGUGCUGCAUGUCCCUUGUCCUGCUCUGCUUUGCCCUGCCCUUGUUCUGCAGUAGGAUAUCCACCUGGGUGACCGCCCACGGCUGCCCUGUUCCCAGCCCCUCCCGCCUCUGUGCUCAUCCCCUGCCCCGGGGGCCAGCAGCUGCGGUACCGAGAGGGGACCCCUCAAGCAGAGAGCCACAGCCUAGCCACGAUGGUGCUCAACUCAAACAGCAGGACUCCCUUGUCCCUCACGUUGCUUUGUCCCCUCUGGUGCUGCCUGUCCUUUCCCCGCCUGCUGCCCGCUGCUCCCACCAUGCCCCAGCCUCUGCCCCCGCCCUGGCAGGAGCCGCACACCCGGUGCUGCCCUGCCCUCGCCGACGGGCUGGGCGCUGCUGCCGGGCUGGCACACCCGCACCGCUCCACGCUGCCGCCCUGCCCGCAGGCAGCCAGCACCUUCCCUGGCCCGCACAGCCUCCUGCCUCCUCCUUGCUGCCUCUCCUGUGCC